ACGUCAAACCGUUGCUAAUGCUAACGUUAGCUUAGUGAGACCGCUGCAAACAUUAGCUUCAAUGAUGUGUGGAUGUUUUUAUUGACGGUUCUUUGUCUUAUCUCACAUUAAUAUUUUUUCACUUUGAAUUAAGAUGAGUUCAGUCCAGAAUCUGAGGGAGUUGAUCAACGAGCGACUAACUGCUGCUGCUGAAGAAAUAUUCACGGAGUUUGAGAAAACCAUCGUCCAGUACGAGGAGGAGAUCGAUCGUCAGCGCAGACUGCUGGAUAACAUCUGGAAACCAGAGAUAAAGUUACAUACAACAGACAUUCUACAGCAACAUGUCCAGGAGGAGAAUGUUCUUGCUGAGGAGAAUCCCUGCAACCAGGAGAUGCAAGAGGCUGAUAUAGUGGUUCAGUGCAAAUCCAAAUGUGAAGGAAUACCCAGACAAAUAUUGAGAGUUAACGAUAAAACAUUUGGCCAGUUCGAUGAAGAGAUUAUUUAUCAACACAGGCUGAAGGAUAUCAUCUGGAAACCACAGCUAGCAUUACAUGGAAUAGAUCUCCCACAGCAACAUGUGUGUAAAGAGAGGAUUGGUCUCGCUAAUCAGCUUUGUAACCAGGAGACAAACUUUUAUCUGGAUCAGGAAGACCCAGAGCCACCACAGAUUAAAGAGGAACAGGAAGAUCUCUGUACCAGCCUGGACCACACAGACUCACAGCCUCCACAGAUUAAAGAGGAACAAAAGGAACUCUGCACUAGUCUGGACCACAACGACCCAGACCCUCCACAGACUAAAGAUGAACAGGAGGAACUCGGCAUCAGUCAGCAGGGAGAGCAGAUUGUACUAACGGACACAACUGAUACCUUGUUAUUGACUCCUACCGAUGAAGACAGUGACAACAGUGAAGUAGACCCAAUCAGCGACGAGCUCCUCUCUUAUAAUUCGCCAGUAGCGGAGAGCCCAUAUCAGGAUGGAAGUAAGCAUGUCGACUCAGGGUCAACUAGAAAUGCAGCUCUGAAGCCAAAGAAGAGUCAGUAUAGAAAGAGCAGUCAGAGUAACAAUGUAGACAACUCAGUCCAUAUGGGACUACACAAAGGUGACAAACUGCAUUCUUGUGAAAUAUGUGGGAAACGGUUCUGCCGAAGUAAUCAUCUGAUUGUCCACAUGAGAACUCACACAGGUGAGAAGCCGUAUUCUUGUAAAACAUGCGAGAAAAGUUUCAGUCAACGUGGUAGUCUGACUGUCCACAUGAGAACUCACACAGGUGAGAAACCUUAUUCCUGUGAAAGAUGUGGGGAAAGUUUCCCUUACUAUCAGGGUUUGUCUACCCACAUGAGAACUCACACAGGUGAGAAGCCUUAUUGCUGUGAAAAAUGUGGGAAAAGUUUCCCUUAUUAUCAGUGUUUGUGGUCCCACAUGAGAACUCACACAGGUCAGAAGCUGUUCUCUUGUGAAAGAUGUGGGAAAAGUUUCAACCAAAGUGGUACUCUGACUAUCCACAUGAGAACUCACCCAGGUGAGAAGUUGAUUUCUUGCAAAAUAUGUGGAAAAGGUUUCAGUAGAAGUAGUAGCCUGACUGUCCAUAUGAGAACUCACACAGGUGAGAAGCCUUAUAUUUGUGAGACAUGUGGCAAAAGUUUCAAUAAAAGAGGUAUUCUGACUGUGCACAUGAGAACUCACACAGGUGAGAAGCCAUAUUUUUGUGAGAUAUGUGGAAAAACUUUCAGUCAAAGUAGCAUUCUGACUGCCCACGUGAGAACUCACACAGGUGAGAAGCCAUACUUUUGUGAGAUAUGUGGAAAAACUUUCCGUAAAAGUAGUGAUCUGACUGUCCACAUGAGAUCUCACACAGGUGAGAAGCCAUAUUUUUGUGAGAUAUGUGGAAAAACUUUCAGUAAAAGUAGUGAUUUGACUGUCCACAUGAGAAUUCACACAGGUGAGAAGCCUUACCCCUGCAACACAUGUGGGGAGAGAUUUAAAAAAGCAUCAAUACUGAAAAGUCACAUGAAAACUCACACAGGUGAGACUCUGUAGUCAUGGAACAACGGUGGGAACAAAGCUUGAAAAAGCAUGCAUUCAUUCACGUCUUUCAGGGUAAUAAUAGGUCUUGCAGAUUUAAAGAUGCCAGAUUGAGACAUUGAUCAAGCUGUCCUAUGGAUACAUAGCGACUAUUACAGAAACACAUUGCAUAUUCAAAAGAAAGACAGCUGGAGACAUUUCUGAUGAAUACUUAAUAUGUAUUUUAAUGUUGGUUAUCAUUUAUUCUAUAGUUGUGUAUAAAUAUAAGAUGUUGGUCUGAUUUAAUGUAGUGAAUAUGAGUUUACACAUGAAUGAAGUAUUUAGUAAUUCUCACGUUGAGUUCAUGUAAGUAAAUUAGCAGAAGUCCAGUUCAUCUUCAGUCUGUGUUUCUGUGGUGGUUUUAAGAAAUUAAACUAGUUUCUGUAUUUGAGUGGCAUCUGAAAGUAACAGACCUGACUAGUUUCAUGUGAGAUAAAGCUUCAGCUUUCUGUAAGACAGUUAAUUUAAAAAUUCAACCCGGAGAGAUUUCAGUUUCCUUCAGAGAAGUUUGUUCAGAUCAGAUGAUUUUGUCGUAACACACUUGAAGUUUUGCUUUGUGAGUGCUGUAAUAAGAUGAAUUGUAAUUUCAGUCAGGUUGGCUGAUACAAUGUUGAUGAUACAUGGCUUUGGUAUCACUGUUGAUGUGACACAUUUUCACUCCAAACCUAAAACUACUUCUUUCACUUGUUUUUUGUAUUCUGUUGCCACUGACACAUUUUCCUGUCUGUUGUAAUGUGAACCAAUAAAUGUUUAAAUUGUUUGAGACAAAA